GAAACUCGAAAGAGAUAGAAGCAACUUGAAAAAAGAAAGCUGCGUCGGCAAUUACGCGUUGUGUUCAAAGAACGCGGGCUACAAAAUAAAAGUUGCGGGCAAGUCACGUGCACAAAGUCAAACUUUCCUUAUUUAUACUCACAUCUUCAUUUUCUCUCUCUCUAUUCUCUUCAAUUCAAACAUUCAUCAACAAACAACGCUCAACAUUCAACAACAAUUUCUAGCAUUGUACCAUCAUGACAGGAAGAGACAUCCUCAAUAUGAUGAAGGUGAAAGCAGGGUUUGGAACAUCAACACCAGAGACAGGGAAAGGAAAAGGGAAAAUAUCAAAACACAUUACACAUGGCUUCCACUUGAUGAAGGGAAAAUCUGGACAUCCCAUGGAAGAUUAUUUAGUUUCAGAAUUCAAGCAAGAAAAAGACAGAGAAUUAGGUUUGUUUGCAAUAUUUGAUGGCCACUUAGGCCAUGAUGUUGCAAGCUAUUUGCAGAACCAUCUUUUUCACAACAUCUUGAAACAGCAUGACUUUUGGACUGAGACAGAAAACGCAGUGAAAAGGGCUUAUAUUGAAACUGAUGAGAAAAUAUUGGAACAAGCACUUGAGUUGGGAAGAGGAGGGUCAACAGCAGUAACUGCAAUACUGAUAGAUGGUCAGAAGCUUGUAGUAGGAAACGUUGGUGACUCAAGAGCUGUUAUUUGUGAGCAUGGAAAGGCUAGGCAACUAUCUGUAGAUCAUGAACCAAGCAAGGAAAAGAAAUCUAUUGAGAGACGUGGAGGGUUCGUAUCAAACAUUCCAGGAGAUGUCCCUCGAGUAGAUGGACAGUUGGCAGUAGCAAGAGCUUUUGGUGAUAGAAGCUUGAAGAUGCAUCUUAGUUCAGAACCUGAUGUGUUUGUAGAGGAAGUACUUCAUCAUACAGAGUUUCUUAUUCUGGCUAGUGAUGGAAUAUGGAAGGUAAUGUCAAACCAAGAAGCAGUGGAUUCCAUUAGGCAAAUAAAGGAUGCUCAAGCUGCAGCAAAGCACUUAAUAGAAGAGGCAGUUUCCAAGAAAAGUAAAGAUGACAUAUCUUGCAUAGUUGUGAGGUUCCAAUGACAUGCUUAUGGAUUAGUGGAACAUAUCUUUUCCCAAACAAAGAAGACCCCAGUGGAACAUUUAGAAUCUUAGAUUAAGCACUUCAUGUUCUUUCUUUCCUUAACUAAAUGCUUGUAGAAUCUCACAAGCACUGGUUUUGCAUAUGUAUAAAUGAUUCAGUAACUCUUGCUUCUUUAAUGAGAUUUUUUUUUAUGUCUGUAUCUAAAUGAUUAGUUGUGACCCCUGCUUCUGCAGGAAAA